GCGAACAUAAUUUAGUGAGUCACCGACUGUUGCACCCUUCUUAGGGUGGAGAAGCGCCGCGUUCAGUAAUUGGUAAACAGCCAGCGCUCUAUCGGGCCAAUCCAAAUCUGCACAUCAUAAAUGUACACUCAGGGAGUGGUGACAAACCUGCGUCAUACUUUAAUCUUAUUUUCCUUCUUACUCUCCCAAUCUAAUCUCAGCCUCGUAAAUAUUAUACGAUGAUUCUCGCACCGGCACGCGGAUAACUUGACAGGGAUUAUUCUCAAGGGAGUGGAGCCAAAAGAAACAACUAGAGGAAUUGUAUGGAUAUUUUUCGUUUGGCAUUUUUGGUUUUGCAGAUAUUUCAUCUGAAACCUUUUCCACUGGAUUGUUAUCUAUACAUUGCCCGUUCUCCACUAAGGGAGGACUUUGUGUCGGGACUUUACGCAGCGCGCGGUAUGUGCGCUCAUGUCAACUCAAGACGAUCCUUCACUCGCGAGUCAAGAUGAGACAGCGGGUGCUCGCGCUCAGCGCGCUCAUAUUUCUCAGUCUCCCUCAGCCAGCCACUUUACAAACACAAGAAGUUUGCACUGGCACCAAGAAUGCUCUGAGCUCCACAGGCACUCCUGCACAACACUACAACAACCUGAAGGAGCGCUACACCGGAUGUGAGAUCGUCAUGGGCAACCUUGAGAUCACACAGAUGGAGAAUAACCUCGAUUUCUCCUUUCUUGGAAGUAUCAGAGAAGUCACAGGCUACAUCCUCAUAGCUAUGAACCAGUUCAGCAGGCUGCCUCUUGACCAGCUCAGAGUGAUUCGCGGAAGCAGUCUUUAUGAGAAGGAAUGGGCCCUUUCAGUCUUCCACAACUUCGUUGGUCACUAUGGCUUAGAGGAUCUGGGCCUCACCAAUCUCACAGAGAUCUUGGAAGGGGGGGUACAGAUCAUCCAGAACAAGAACCUGAGUUAUGCUCCCUGGGUCAACUGGCGGGACAUUGUCAGAGACAGUAAUGCUCGCAUCGAGAUCCAAAACAACGGACAAAAAGGUUUCUGUUAUUCUGCAUGUGAAGGGUUCUGCUGGGGUCCAAACAAAGAUCAGUGCCAGAAAUUGACAAAAACAGUAUGUGCGCCCCAGUGCCAUGGCCAUUGUUUUGGGACCAAUCCCAAUGAGUGCUGCCACACAGAGUGUGCUGGAGGCUGCAUUGGACCAAGGGACACUGACUGCUUUGCCUGUCGGCAUGUCAAUCACUCAGGUGCCUGCGUCCCUCACUGCCCUUGGCCUCUUGUGUACAACCAACAGACCUACCAGCUGGAACCCAAUUCUGAAGCCAUGUAUCAGUUUGGUUCAAUCUGUGUAACCAAAUGUCCCGCACACUUUGUUGUAGAUGGCAGUGCAUGUGUGAGCAGCUGCCCUCCUAGUAAAAUGGAAAAAGAGAAAAAUGGCAUUAAACAGUGUGAGCCUUGCAUUGGCCUGUGUCCCAAAGUAUGUGAGGGCACUGGUGCCAAUCACAGACAGACUGUGGACUCCAGUAACAUAGACAGCUUUAUCAACUGUACCAAGAUACAAGGAAGUCUACAUUUUCUGAUCUUAGGUAUCAAAGGAGAUGUCUUUCUUAACAUACCACCUCUGGAGCCUGAAAAACUCAAGGUGUUUAACACUGUCAGAGAAAUUACUGGAAUUUUGAAUAUUCAAUCUUGGCCCAAUGAGCUCAGCGAUCUGUCUGUUUUCUCCAGUCUCACAACCAUUCAGGGAAGAUCUCUGCACAAGCCUUUCUCUUUGUUGGUGAUGAAGAUUCCCACCCUUACAUCUCUGGGACUGAGUUCCUUACGUGAGAUCAGUGAUGGCAGUGUAUACAUCAGUAACAACAAAAACCUGUGUUAUCACCACACCGUCGACUGGAGCCAGAUCUUCACCGGUAACCGCCGGCAGCGCAGACGUAAAAACAACGACAUAAAGGACAACAAACCUCAGAGCCAAUGUGAGGAAGAGGGCCACAUAUGUGACCCAUUGUGUUCAGAUGCAGGAUGCUGGGGGCCUGGGCCAGAGCAGUGUUUGUCAUGCAGGAACCACAGUCGACACGGCACAUGUGUGUCCCACUGCAACCUCUACUCUGGUGAGCUACGGGAGUUUGCAGCACAAAACGGAGAGUGCCUUGCUUGUCACCUUGAGUGUCAACCUCAAAAUGGGGGACAAACAUGCCAAGGAGAAGGUGCUGAUCAGUGUGUGGCAUGUUCAAACUUAAUGGAUGGUCCUCACUGUGUUUCCACCUGUCCUAACGGAGUAAAUGGGGAAAAGGGUCAAACCAUAUUCAAAUACCCUAAUUCAGCAGGACAAUGUGAGCCCUGUCACCACAACUGCACAAGAGGAUGCACAGGCCCAGCACUCAUGGACUGUGUAGAUCCAGACAGACUUGUGAACAGCUCUCACAUUGCAGGUAUAGCAGUUGCUGUAUUUGCUGGUAUAUUUGUGCUCCUGGCAGUGUUUGUGCUUGGUAUGCUAUAUCACAGAGGCUUGACAAUCCGCCGCAAAAGAGCACUAAGGAGGUACCUGGAGAGUGGUGAGAGCAUGGAACCGCUGGAUCCAGGAGAGAAGGGGACAAAAGUUCACGCUCGCAUCCUUAAAGCACAAGAACUGAGAAAGGGCAAACUUCUGGGCUAUGGAGUCUUUGGCACUGUCAAUAAGGGUUUUUGGAUACCUGAAGGAGACUCUUUAAAAAUCCCAGUGGCUAUAAAGACUAUCAAAGACCGAAGUGGUCGGCAGACCUUCACAGAGAUUACUGAUCAUAUGCUUGCAAUGGGAAGCCUGGAUCACCCAUAUAUAGUGCGUCUGCUUGGGAUCUGUCCAGGGACAAGCCUCCAGCUGGUCACCCAGCUCAGCCCUCACGGAUCCUUACUGCAACACCUUCGUCAACACAAAGACAGCCUGGAUCCCCAGCGUCUCCUCAACUGGUGUGUGCAAAUCGCAAAGGGCAUGUAUUAUCUUGAGGAGCACUGUAUAGUCCAUAGGAACCUUGCGACACGGAACGUGCUCCUGAAGAGUGACUACAUAGUGCAGGUCUCAGACUUUGGAGUUGCAGAUCUGCUCUAUCCAGAUGAUAAGAAAUAUGUGUACAGUGAACACAAGACACCAAUAAAAUGGAUGGCAUUAGAGAGUAUCCUCUUCAGGAGAUAUACACAUCAGAGUGACGUGUGGAGCUACGGGGUGACUGUAUGGGAAAUGAUGUCAUAUGGAGCUGAGCCAUAUGCAGCCAUGCAUCCUCAUGAUGUGCCGGGUUUACUGGAGAAAGGAGAGCGAUUGGCUCAACCACAGAUCUGCACAAUAGAUGUCUACAUGGUCAUGGUCAAGUGCUGGAUGAUCGAUGAGAAUGUUAGGCCCACAUUUAAAGAACUGGCCAGUGAAUUUACACGAAUGGCACGGGAUCCACCUCGAUAUCUUGUAGUGAUACCUUCUCAGAAUUGUAGUGGUGCAGAUGAAAGUCACCAACGAUACGUUAAAGUGCCUCAUUUAGAGGCAGGCAUGGAGGAUGAUGACGACGAGGCUUUGGAGGAUGGGUUUGCCACUCCUCCCCUCCACCUGUCACCAGCUAGGAGUCAUUCUCGCCACCGAAUGACUUCCUACAAGGGCACCCAAGACCACAUAACUCCAGUAGGCUAUCUUCCCAUGACCCCCAGCCCAGGGGACAACCUUAGACAGGUCAGAGCCCAGAGGAGGAAGACGGGCUCAGUGAGGACAGAUUCAGAGUGCUCUGACGGCAGAGGGAUCGUUGUGGACAUUGAAAUGGCAGAACUAACUUCUCAAACAGGGAGCCUUCGCAGGGGUUGCAGCCGUAUGGACAGCGCUUAUAUAUCCACCAGUUUGUCUAUGGCCUCAGACCCAUUCACACUAGGUGUGGAGGACAUAGAGGAGGACCAUAAUGGAUAUGUGCUGCACACAGACACCCCCAGCCCAGACAGAGGUUCCAGAAGCACUGUUCUUCAUGGUAGGAAACCCAGAGGCUCCAGGAGUGCCCUCACACCUUUAAUACCAAAAAGAGACACCACACAAGAGUAUGAGCUAAUGAGGAAACAGCCUCUUCAGCUUUCUCCUUCACCCACAGAAACCACUGAUAGUUCAGCUGUACUGAGCAAACCAUCUUGCCCUGCUUCACCUUAUAUUUGUAGUGACAGCAUCUUACCACAGAAGCCAGACUCUGACCCAGCACAAACUGAGCUGUCCAGUAACGAUGCUACUACCCCUGAUGGGGACAGCCUAAAGUCUGCAUCUUGUGAGGACAAGCCAGUUGCAGCAGCAGCAUCUAAUGAAGGGAACCAGUCUGAGAGGCAUCCAUCUGAGAGUGUUGCUGUAGAAGGAGAGCCCGCAGAGGAGAGGCAGCCACAAGAGGCAUUAGUGGAGUAUGAAUACAUGGACAUACGUACAGAGUCUUUGCCAGAACACCACCAGAACACUAUAGGGGAGAGUGCAGAGAACUCAGGUGAGAGGGUAAGGAAUCCAGAGGAGAUGGAGUGUGUCAUCAGAGAAGCAGUUUACCAAAAUGUAAGUGAGCUCCCUAGGUUGAGAACAACACUGGGUACGAGACAUCAGGGACAUGAGGGUUCUGAUGGCACGUCACGGACCUAUGAGUAUGUGGACAUGGAAGCAUCUGGGAGAUCUAGCUCUGAUGGAGAUCAGGCAGAGUAUCAGAACAUUCAGGUAAAAGGAAGGCCAACUGUGGGUGAAGAGACACAAAGGACUGGUCUCAGAUCCUACAUAAAAGUCUGCACUGGAGUCGAGGAGCAAAGCACUUCGUUUGACAACCCAGACUACUGGCACAGUAGACUAUUCCACAAGCAGGAUGCUGUAUGCACAUAAUUACAGAAAUUUACAAUGAAAACUGACAGGACUGGCAUACCCAGCAUGUAUCUCAGGACAUAUAUCUAUUCUAACAUGUGUUGGUCCAUUGCCAAUGAAGCAAAAUGCAAUAGGCUUCUUAAUUAUAGUAUAAAAUGACUUGUUUUGUCGAACACUGGCCUACCUCCACUUGUUUGUCUAUGAAGUCCAAAUCCAGUGGUUUUAUAAAGUCUCAUAUUUGUUUUGUUUUUGUGGAUAAUGACUUUUUUUUUACUCAAUGAGAAACCAUUGUAUUGAAAAAGUUCUUGUAUAUUAAUUUUAUCAAUCAAUAAAGUAAUCUUUUCUUGUAUCACGGAAGGUUUUUAUCUGUUCCAUACUUAAUUGGUAUAAUUAUGCUAAAAUAUUUUGCUGUCAGCAAUGUUAGGCCUCAGCUUGAAGCAACAACAAAGCUACUUUAAUGUGCGUAGGUUUCAGUACUGUAUAUAAAAAAAAUCACUUUAUAAAAUAAAAUUUGAUA